GCAGAUCCCGACUUCAGGUAUGAGGGCUUCUCGGGCCUAAAUGACUCGGAGCAGGCUGCGUCAGCAGACAAAGAAUCUGCCAAUGAAGACGCGGCCCUGCCCACGACGCAGUUUGUUUCCACGGCUCCAACCCUUGCCCCUGCCCCUGUAGCAAACGCCGUUCGUCCUGGGAGGGCCAAGCUGAUAUUUGUGAAUUGUGCGGAGGAUGCGAAGAUUGUCCGAAAGGGCGGGCAAUUCAAAGUCCUACCGUGUCCUCACCAGUGCAACAUGACCGUAGACAAGAGCGAUCUUUCCCGAGCCGACGCAGUGGUCUUUAAUCCUCUCUGGAUGAGUCCGCUGAAAAAGGCACCAAGGACCAAGGCAGCAGGUCAAAUAUGGGCAUAUAGCUUCCACUUCGAAUCUGCUUCUGCUCAUGGCUUCGCGCGCGGCGCCACGAAGGCUCUGUCUGCAAAAAUGGACCUGACCAUGACCUAUAAAGGUAAGUCAGACAUCUUCCGGCCGUUUUACAGCCUCCGGGCACUCCGCCCCGGGCAGGAUGCCCCAGAUCCCCACAAAGACUAUGCCAAGGGAAAAGAGCACCUUCUGCUGUGGCUGGUGGGGAAUUGUGGUUCGAAGUCGCGCAUGCGCCUCUUCCAGAAGCUGCAGAAGCUACUGGGUGCUGACAAGGCCCACAUGUUCGGGUCCUGUGGCAAGAGCACCGGGUGCACGUCAAAACAUAGUGCCGACCCUU